AUGGAGAUAACUACCGACGAUAUUAGCGAGAGUACCACUGCUGUAGUUCCACCGACAGUUUCCAUCGCCUCCUCCUGCUCCCAUACCUACGCCAGUGACAACCCCUCCACCGGUGACUCAUUCUCCGACGCCCACACCUCCCCCCCGCACACCUCCUCCUACGACAAUGCCACCACCUGUUCCACCUCCUCCACCUACCCUGUCUCCUCGGCCCACAUUGCCUCCUCCUACCACGCCAACUACACUUCCUCUGCCACCCAUUUCUUCUCCACCUACUCCGACUACCCGAACCACACUGCCUCCUGCUACCACACCACCUCCACCUCCUCCGACUACGCGGUGGACCCUGCCUCCUGCUACCACUCCACCUCCUCCUCCACCACCUCCUCCGACUACCCGGCCCACACUGCCUCCUACUACCGCACCCUCCUCCGCCUUCUCCGACUACCCGGCCCACGCUGCCUCCUGCUACCACACCACCUCCACCACCUCCUCCGACUACCCGGCCGACACUGCCACCUGCUACCACACCGCCUCCUCCUCCUCCGCCUGCUCCGACUACCCGGCCCACACUGCCUCCUGCUACCACACCACCUCCACCACCUCCUCGACUACCCCGCCGACAGUGCUACCUGCUACCACACCACCACCUCCUCCUCCACCUACUCCAACUACCCGGCCCACACUGCCUCCUGCUACUACACCACCUACACCUCCACCGCCUCCUCCGACUACCCGGCCGACACUGCCACCUGCUACCAAGCCACCACCUCCUCCUCCGCCUACUCCGACUACCCGGACCACACUUCCUCCUGCUACCACACCACCUACACCUCCUCCACCACCGCCACCAAUUCCCUCACCGUUGCCUACGCAACCUGCGACCACAUUGCCUCCGGUUCCACCUACACCUACGCCGCCUCCUACUGUGUCAACUCCGAAGAUUAG